AUGGCGACCCGACGCGACUUUCUCAGCCAGCCGGCGCCUGAAAAUUACGUGGCAGGUCUUGGCCGUGGCGCUACGGGCUUCACGACACGAUCUGAUCUCGGCCCUGCCCGCGAUGGCCCCAGCGACGACCAGAUCAAAGAGGCUCUGGCUAAGCGUGCCCAGCAGCUAGGACUGGCACCGGACGGCGCAAAGAAGGGCAAGGACGACGAUGAGGGAGGCGGCGGCGACGACGAGCAACGAUACCAGGACCCGGACAACGAGGUUGGCCUCUUUGCGGGUGGCCUCUACGACAAGGACGAUGAGGAAGCCGACAAGAUUUGGGAAUGGGUCGACGAGCGCAUGGACCGGCGCAAGCGCCAGCGCGAGGAACGAGAGCAGGCAGAGCGCGACGAGUACGAGCGCAACAACCCCAAGAUUCAGCAGCAGUUUACCGACCUAAAGCGCGCUCUGGCGACUGUAUCCGACGAUGACUGGGCGAACCUACCCGAAGUCGGCGACCUGACGGGGAAGAACAGACGCAGCAAGCAAGCCCUGCGGCAGCGCUUCUAUGCCGUCCCCGACAGCGUCCUGGCUGCUGCGCGCGACUCCACCGAGAUGGGCACAAUGGUUACAGAUGACGGUGGCGCAUCCUCUGGUGCUGGCGGCGGCGAAGGCUCUGAUGGCACCAUGACCAACUUUGCGGACAUUGGUGCCGCGCGCGACAAGGUACUCAAGUCAAGGCUGGAACAGGCUUCACGAUCCGGCAGCGGCGACGCCGCCAAUGGCAGCUCUACGAGCAUCGAUCCCCAGGGCUACAUCACGAGUCUCAACAAAAUGGCCAUGCCGGAAUCCGCCACCCAAGUCGGCGACAUCAACCGUGUACGUGAACUGCUUCAGUCCGUCGUCAAGACCAACCCCAACAAUGCGCUGGGCUGGAUAGCUGCCGCCCGUUUGGAGGAGCUGGCCGGCAAGAUUGGCGCCGCGCGGAAAACGAUUGACCAGGGCUGCGAGCGAUGCCCCAAGAGCGAGGACGCGUGGUUGGAAAACAUUCGGCUCAACCACGACAGCCCCAAUGCCAAGAUUAUCGCGCGACGCGCCAUUGAGUCCAACAACCGGUCGGUGCGCCUGUGGGUAGAGGCGAUGAGACUGGAGCACAUUCCAAACAACAAGAAGCGCGUCAUCCGCCAAGCACUGGAUCACAUCCCCGAGUCUGAGGCGCUGUGGAAGGAGGCCGUUAGCCUGGAGGAGAACCCCGACGACGCCAGGCUGAUGCUGGCCAAAGCCACGGAGCUGAUCCCGCUGUCAGUCGACCUCUGGCUGGCGCUGGCACGCCUCGAGACGCCUGAGAAUGCGCAAAAGGUGCUCAACAGAGCGCGCAAGGCGUGCCCGACAUCGCACGAGAUUUGGAUUGCGGCUGCACGUUUGCAAGAGCAGCUCGGCCAGGCGACCAAGGUCAACGUCAUCAAGAGAGGUGUGCAGGUGCUGGUCAAGGAGCAGGCGAUGCCGAAGCGGGAGGAGUGGAUCGCCGAGGCCGAAGCGUGCGAGACAGACGGCGCGACUGUGACGUGCGAGAACAUUAUCCGCGAGACACUCGGCUGGGGUCUGGACGAAGACGACGAUCGCAAGGACACGUGGACCGAGGAUGCCCGCAGCAGCAUCAACCGCGGGAAAUACGAGACGGCACGCGCCAUUUACGCCUAUGCGCUACGUGUGUUUGUCAACAGCAAGACGCUGUGGAACGCCGCGGCGGACCUGGAACGCAACCACGGCACCCGGGACUCUCUGUGGCAGGUGCUGGAGAAGGCGGUCGAGGCGUGCCCCAAGAGCGAGGAUCUGUGGAUGAUGCUGGCCAAGGAGAAGUGGCAGAGCGGCGAGGUCGACGGCGCGCGGUUGGUGCUCAAGCGCGCCUUUAACCAGAACCCGAACAACGAGGACAUUUGGCUGGCGGCCGUCAAGCUCGAAUCGGAGAGCGGCAACGCUGAGCAGGCGCGCAAGCUGCUCGCGGUGGCGCGAGAGCAGGCGCCGACCGACCGUGUGUGGACCAAGAGCGUCGUCUUUGAGCGCGUGCAGGGCGACGCCGACACGGCGCUCGAUCUCACUCUGCAGGCGCUGCAGCUGUUUCCCACGGCAGCCAAGCUGUGGAUGCUCAAGGGGCAAAUAUACGAGGACAUGGGCAAGGCCGGGCUCGCGCGCGAAGCCUACGCCACGGGCGUAAAGGCGGUUCCGCGCUCCGUGCCGCUAUGGCUGCUGUACGCGCGCCUGGAGGAGCAGGCCGGCCUCACCGUCAAGGCGCGUUCGGUUCUGGACCGCGCGCGCCUCGCGGUGCCCAAGUCGCCGGAGCUAUGGUGCGAGUCGGUGCGUCUGGAGCGGCGCGCCGGCAACGUCGCGCAGGCCAAGUCGCUCAUGGCGCGCGCGCUGCAGGAGGUGCCGCGCAGCGGGCUCCUCUACGUCGAGCAGAUCUGGCACCUCGAGGCGCGCACGCAGCGCAAGCCGCGCAGCCUCGACGCCAUCAAAAAGGUGGACAACGACCCGGCGCUCUUCGUCGGCGUCGCGCGGCUGUUCUGGGCCGAGCGCAAGCUGGACAAGGCGCAGAGCUGGUUCGAGCGCGCGCUGGCGCUCGACGCGGCGCGCGGCGACACGUGGGCGUGGUACUACCGCUUCUUGUGCCAGCACGGCACCGAGGAGAAGCGCCACGAGGUCGUGGCCAAGUGCGUGGCCUGCGAGCCCCGGUACGGCGAGGCGUGGCCGGCCGUGGCCAAGAAGCCGGCGAAUGCGCACAAGAGCGUUGAGGAGAUUCUGAAGCUGGUGGCUGAGGAGCUGGAUCAAUAA